UGACUGUGUAUGAAGAAGUAUGCGUCUGUAUGGAAGCGACCGGUGGAGUGACUUGUAGCUGGGUGACUUGAUUCGCCGCAAUUGAACGGUCAACAAAGUGGCGUUUAUGUCGCGUGAGUCCAGCUAAUAAGAACCCGCAGAAAGUGCAUACAAAAGUGUGUACAUAUUGUACUUAUGUAAGUACGUCGCUAUGUAGGGUGAGUCUGCCAUUUGUUUCAUUGUUCAUCGUUCAAUUGUUCGAAUUGAAUUUGUUUGCCGGUAUUGGCUGACGACUCGAUUUGCACUUUGGCUACAGCAAUUCAUAGGCGACUUGCCAUUGUUCAAAAACGGCUCGAAGCAAUCGGACGUUUAGCGGCAAAUGCUAUCGGCAACGUUCAUAAUUAUACUGACAGUGUCAAGUUUCUAAUGUUACAUUGUAUGUGUGUUAACACAAGUCCUUUAAGUUUGCUGCGUUCGGUGUGGCAAAUAUAAUUAAGUGAAUCUGAAGGAUAUUAAUAUCCUGCUACAUCCGUUGGACUAGACAUGUGCCGCGAAGUAAGGACUUUUUAUCACUGAACUUGAACUGUACAAUGACAUUACAUGAAAAUAUGUUCAAAAAAAUAAUAUAAGGACAUAAGUUAUAAUUGAAUGUAAAUUAAAUAUCUAACACGGAACACGGAGAGUUUUUAAAAGUAAAGUGUUUACACUUAUCUGAUAAUCCAAAGAAAUUCAUGUGCUUUUUAAUUCAAAUGUGAAUUUACUCGUAACCGGUUUUAUUAUACUACUACGGUCUAGACAGGUUUAAAAGACCAAGUGAAGGACAAGGAUACAUGGUUUUUAGAAAAAUACUCUUUUUUAUUAAGAUAGCUUUCAUAUAGACCGAUAUAUGCAGUAAAAGAUCAGCCGGAAACACGAAAAAUCGUUAUGGGGACUAAGGGAAUUAUUGAUCUGUUUCUAUCCAUAUUUGACAUACACUCAUCUUAUUAUUAGAAUAAUAAGUUCGCAAGAGGAUUUGGGGUUUUAGUUCAAUUCUCCAUUCAGAUUAAUGGGACAAAGAGUUAAAAAUAUUUUAUAUAUAUCAUUUCAGAUAAACAUUGCAGUUAUAUACGUACAUCAAUCAAUAUAAUAUUAAAACGUCACACUCGAAAUGACGAAUCACUCUGAAUUGGUGAAUUUGCACAACGAUAGUUCAGCACAAAAAGUUUCAAUUGUUAAUGGACUCGAUAAAAUAAAGCCACCGAAACCGUUGGGCGAACGGAGAAAAGCAGUAUUGCGUCAGGAGCUUAUGGUACUUCUUGGCAAUACGUGUGUGGUAGCAUCGGGCAUGUCCGUGGCUCUACCUUCUGUAUCGCUAGCUCAACUAACAGAUCCGAAUGAUAUUUACCAUCUGAACACCGAGGAAAGUAGUUGGUUUGCUUCUGUCAAUAGUAUGGCCUGUCCGCUGGGAGGCUUAUUAGUAAGUUAUCUUAUGGAUCGCAUCGGUCGUAGAAAUACGAUGUUAUGCACGAAUUUCGUAGGUAUUAUCGGAUUAUUGCUGAUUGUCUUUGCCCCCCACCAAACCACACGUGAUGCUAUUUAUAUACAGUUACUCGCUGGCAGAUUUCUAUGUGGUCUUAUGAUUGGUUUAUCACUGUCCCCAAUUGGUUCGUAUGCGGCGGAAAUUAGUUUACCACGGAUAAGGGGUCGUCUGAUUAUGGGUACAUCGAUAGCAAUAGCCAGCGGUAUAUUGCUUAUGUAUUUGUUAGGUUAUUUUAUACGGGACAACUUUAAAGUAAUCUCCAUUAUAUCUGUCAUUUAUCAAUGCUUGGCGUUCUGCUGUUGCCUUCCCAUGCCUGAAUCCCCAAGUUGGCUGCUACAGAAGGGCUAUGAGGAGCGGGCUCGCAAGUCGCUGAAGUAUUUUCGGGGUCUCUCAAAAAAUGAUAAUAACAUUUACGAGGAAUUCGAAACAGAAUUGGCACUCAUCAAGAAAAAUUCAGACAGCAGUCGGACAGCCGCUGCCAAUGAGUCGCUUUUACAGGCCAUAAGAGCGCCGGAGGUCUACAAACCACUGCUCCUGAUGAUCGGCUUCUUUUUCUUUCAACAGUGCUCUGGAAUUGUUGCUGUGAUUGUAUUUGCAGCACAAAUCGCUACACGCGCUGGUGUCUCUGCCGAUCCGCUGCUGGUGGCUGUGUUUGUUGGUGUUGCUCGUAUAAUUACCACUUUCUUCACGAGCAAGAUUUUCGAAAAAUGGGGACGUCGCCCAGCGGGUAUAGUUUCAGCGACCGGAAUGACGAUUUGCAUGGCAUUGCUUGCAGCUAACGGUUGGUGGCCAGUUAUCGGCGAAUAUGUCCCAUUAUUGCCUGUUUUUGCCAUUUUGCUGCACAUAAUCUUCUCCACAAUGGGUUUGCUAACCCUGCCAUUCUUCAUGAUCUCAGAGGUUUUUCCACAACGUGUACGCGGCAGCGCCAAUGGGUUCACAUUGUGUGUUGGCCUUCUGUUCUCCUUUAGCGUAGUGAAGCUGUAUCCCACCGCGGAAGCUGAGAUAGGAACAGCCAAUUGUUUCGCUUUUUUCGGUGCGAUAUCUCUAUUGGCUGUGGCGUUCAUUUAUUUCGUUGUGCCAGAGACGAAAGGCCGCACGUUACUGGAGAUUGAAAACUACUUCCGUACUGGACGGAAAGUGAGCAAUGCAGAAGCUGCAGGUCAGCAGUCACAAAUAGCGAUGGAGGAGGCUGCCGGAAUAUACCGUUCCGAACAGGAACUUAAUGAAAUAUUCUUGAAAUUAAGUAAAGUAGACGAAGACGGCGAAAACAAACUAGACGCCAAAGAGUGAUAGACUGUAGUAGUGAAAAUAGGCAGGAAAUAUGUUUAUUUGUCGAAACUUUUAAAUAUGAGUUUAAAAUGCCAUAUCUUUUAUAAGAAUAACUGUACUUGAAGUAAAUAUAUGUAUUAAUAAUUA